AUGCGUCUUGUAUGCGUAAUAUAUGCACUAUGUAUUUUUACGAUGAACACUUUAGAGAAGGUUUGCUUAUAUGAAACAUCUGCUGAAAGAAACGUUUGGGAAUCAUUAUCUGAUAUCUAUUCCAUUAUACGAACACUGGAGUUUCUUGAGAAAGCAUAUUUACGGGAUAUUAUUUCAUCUGAUGAAUAUACACCAACAUGUUUACGAUUGUUAGCACAAUAUAAAACAAUUCUUAAGUCACCUUCAGUUGCAAAUGCGUUUGAAUCGUUAGAAACAUUCUGUGCUGUGUAUGAGAUUUCUUGUUUUCAUGCAAUAUAUCGUCUAAAUGUUGGUGUUCCUGUAACAAUAGAACAUGUUACUAAGACAUCAUCUCUCCCAGAAUCCGGAGUAUCUGCUAAACAGGUUGCAGAAGCAGUUCAGAAUUUUAUAACAUUUAUGGAUGCUUUGCGGCUAAAAUAUACAGCAAAGGAUCAAUUACAUCCUCUUUUAUCUGAACUUAUGGUAUCUUUAAAUGCAGUAACUCAUGAAACGUUUGAAGGGCGUGGAAUAAUUCUACAUUGGUUGAUUUUACUUAAUAAUAUGUCGGCAUCAGAAGAAAUCACAGAAAAACAGAGCCGGCAAAUGCUUUUUGAUAUAGAAGGCGUAUAUAAUGAAUUUUAUAAAAGCCUUUCUAUGUAA